AUGCUCACAGGAGGGGCCUGGUUGCUGCGGGAGCUUUCUGGGUCCUUUUCUCUUUGUGGGGGCCCCCUGGGGGCCCCCCUGGGGGGCCCCCUGUGGGGCCCCCUGGAGGCCCUCCUGGACUGCGGGGGGUACCCGCAGCAGCCAGCAGCAGCAGCAGCGCGCCCGCGGCACCUCACAGCAGCAGAAAGCGACACUGUCAAGCCCUGGGGGCCCUUCCUGCAGGGUACAGACGGCCCUGCUGCAGCAGAGGGGGAGCCCGCAACCCUCAUGGCCCGCACAGGGCCGCUAACCCCCCGCGCGAAGCCGCAGCACUCCAAGCACCAGCACCAGCAGCAAAAGCAGCACCAACAGCAGCAGAAGCAGCAGCAGCAGCGGCAGCAGCAGCAGCAGCAGCAGGGAGGGUUUGUUGGGUUUCUGCGUUCUGUGGCCUCCAGCACUUCCUUAGUUGCUGCUACAGAACUGGGAGACAGGACUUUCUUUCUUGCUGCUCUUUUGGCGCUGCGCUACAGCCGCCUUUUGGUGUUUGCUGCUACUUGUGCUGCUCUUUUUGUUGCUGCUGCUGCUUCUGCUGCAGCAGGCUACCUGCUGCAGUCCGCAGCAGCUUCUGCCUGGCUCGCCGGGCCCCUGGGGGGCCUCCUCAAGGGGGGGCCCCUGCUGCAGCUAGCAGCAGCAGCAGCUUUGCUGCUCUUUGGUUUGCACCAUCUUUAUAAAGCCAAAAAGGCCUGGGGGCCCCACAGGGGGCCCCCCAGAAGGGUCUCAACCCGCUCUUCCCAGGAGGCCUUGGGGGCCCCCCUGGGGGCCUCCCUGGGGGCCCCCGCGGUUGGGGGGCCCCUGGGGGCCCCCCUAGGGUCCCCCCUGGGGGCCCCCCUGGGGGCCGCCCCCUUCGGGGGGCCCCUGGGGGCCCCCCUGGCAGCAGAAGGGGCCCCUGUGCUGCUGGCGGGGAGCAGCAGCAGCGGGGCGGAGGGGGGGGCCUGCGGGGGCCCCCAAGAAGGGUUUGCGGGGGCCCCCAAAGAAGGGUUUGGGGGGGGGUCCCCCGAAGGGUUUGGGGGGGCCCCCAAGGGGGGCCCCCCUGAUGAUGCCUCGGUGUCCACGCGGCUGUCUCCAGCAGAAAAAGGAGAAGAGGAAAUUUGCGAUGGUUUGGAGGAGGCCCAGGAAGACCUCGAACGCUUCUACGUAAACCCUAAACCCUAA